AUGGAUGAUGGCGCCGGGGCGAGCCGCAGCGACGGCGAGGGCUCGCCGCGGCCGCCGGCGGAGCGGCGUUACAAGGGCGUGCGCCUGCGGAAAUGGGGCCGGUGGGUGUCGGAGAUCCGGAUGCCCAACAGCCGCGAGAGGAUCUGGCUGGGCUCUUACGAGUCCGCCGAGAAGGCGGCGCGGGCGUUCGACGCGGCCGCCGUCUGCCUCCGGGGAUCCCGAGCUGGGUCGCUCAACUUCCCGGAGUCCCCGCCCAACGUCCGGCACAUCCCGGGCGCGCUGCUGACGCCUGAGAAGAUUCAGGCCGAAGCCGUCAGGCACGCCAACCAGCCGGCUCGUAGUUCUGUUGCGUCGUCGGCGAGCACCGCCGUGUCGCCGUCGCAGCAAGCUGCCCCCGCGGGAGGAGCAAGCAUUGACAGGACGGCCUUGUCACUGCCAUCCACUACUUACGGUAGUGGGACCGCCCUCGCCGGCAGUGACGACGACCUUGAUUGGUCUUUCAUGGACACAUUGCCAUCAAUGCCGGUGUCGUCGGCGGCGGGGACUGCGGCGGCCCAUCAUAUUGUUCCGGCAUUGGAUGAUUUCAUGUACGGUUCCCCUCACCCAGUGAUGCCGCUGAGUGGAGAGGCAUCACAGGAUAUGAUCGACGGCGACGAUGAUCAUACAUUCAUCUCAGAUGACCUUUGGCGAUUCUGA